AUCUUGUAUACAGCACGCGAAAACGCAUGGCAUGGAGGCUGCAAUGAAGUCUGCUAGGACCCUCCAACUUAUUUCUAAGUUAAAUGGUUACUGCUCAAUCGCGCAUCUGUCCCCGCCUUUAACUCAUGUACGCUACUGCGCUACCAACGCUGGAGAAAACACGACCAGCAAUGAUUCUCCAGAUAUCCUCCAGUUGCAUUUGCGAGCAGAUUCUAAAGUUCAGAAGAUCAGUAAAGCCAUGAAAGCAUACUUGGAGCGAGCCAAGGCAUACGAUAAUUUUAUAAAGAAAGAGCAAUAUGAGUUUGACCUUGGGAAACGGCAUCUUGCGAACAUGAUGGGUGUUGAUGCCGACGAAAUGACGCAGGAUGACAUUGACAGAGCCAUUCAGUAUUUGAUGCCUUCAGGCCUACAUGAGCCCAAGGCUCGACCAAUAAUGAAGCCUCCCGAAGACGUGUUCCCAAGAGAAAAAGCUGCGCAGUUCGACUAUUCUGGACGGCCGUUUCACUACCUCUUCUACACAACGAGGCCCCACUACUACGCCGUGUUGCAUGAUGCAGUUACUCAUCUGGCAGAACUGAACCGCCUGGAAACCCGUAUGAUCAACAGAGGAGUGGCAGAACCAGCAGCUGAACAAAAGCUAAAUGUUCAAGACAGUAUCUGGCUUCCAAAGAAGGAUCUUGAACUGCUGCUUCUGGAGACAUUGAAAGAUCUUCAGUAUGAGUACUUUGUGAAGACCCUAGAUCGAUUAGUGGAACACCCCUACUCAUUGCAAGCCAAAGAAUUCAUCAUGCGUUACAGAAAACCGAGGAUAUCUACGCUUGUUCGAGAGGAGAUACCGCCGUUGCAAUAUGAUGAAACUGGCAGGCCUUACGCCAAGGCUAAUGGUGCCCGAAAGCAUGCGAGAGCUGAAGUGACUGUCUGGGGCAAUGGCACAGGGAAAGUGAACAUCCAUGGUCACGGCAUCGAGUACUUCACUGAUGUCACAGACAGGGAGCAGAUAAUGUUUCCGCUGCAGUUUACGGGACUCCUAAUGAAAGUUGACAUUGAGGCCACGCUCAACGACGCCGAAGGACCAACUGUCCGUGCAAAUGCCAUACGCCAUGGACUGGCAUUAGCCCUGCGUAGCUUCCUCUCUGAGCAGGAGGUGGAAAAGAUGAGGCUGGCUGGAUUGCUCACAAGGGACCCUCGCCGUAGGGAGCGCAAGAAGCCAGGCCAAGAAGGCUCUCGUCGCAAGUACACUUGGCUUAAGCGGUAGUCAGCACGAAGAGAAGACAUCAGAGUAGUUAUGGUGAUCAUGAAAUAAACAUGAACUACAACCAUUGUCA